AGCAGCCAUGAAACAAAAGCACACUGGACUCACGCUCAGUUCCACUUUGCUACAGACAAACUUCAUUUCUGUCAUCUUCCAUUCAACUCCACCUCUUUCUCUCUCUUCAUCAAUCACUCCUGCUUUACACAACCCACCACCUCUCCAUACUCUCUCUCUCUGUUAAUGGCCACAACUUCUCAGUAAAAAUCGAAAUAUCCAACACAUAAUGGACUCACAGCACCGCAACAACAGCACUAGCACAACAACUACAGCCCCUACAACCACAACAAGUGAGCUCUUCAUUUGUUUUACUUCUCGCCUUUCCUCUUCUUCAUCUAUGAAAAUCACUUCUAAAUCAAUCUUGAGUCCCGGACGCGCUAGAGAUUCUUCUCAAAUCUCCCUAUCUACUUCUCUCAGUCGGAGAUUAAGAAACAGUGGUAGUAUUAAAGGCGGUCAAGCUUCACCCAUGUUCCCCGCUUCCAAUGGCAAGAAACGUGGGUGUUCUUUUGAAAACCCCGAGCCUUCUUCUCCUAAAGUCACUUGUAUUGGCCAGGUGAGAGUCAAAACCAAGAAACAAGGAAAGAAAAUACGGGCUAGAUCCAAGAGCCGGAGAGAAGUCAGCUUUAGAAAACCAGACCAAACGGGUUCCACUAGCAGUAGUGUUAGUAGUGGUGGUCAUAAUAUGGAUGGAGGUCAUUUUCAAGAUUUUGGCGUUCAUGGUCAAAUGAGCCACUCCCACUCGUUUCAGCAGCAAGAAUGCUUGCCUCACAGGAACCAAAGAUGGGUUCAUUUGCCUAUGACGAUAUGCGAGGCAUUGAGGACAUUUGGGGCUGAAUUUAACUGCUUUUUACCGUGUAGAUCUUCAUGCAUGGCGAGGGAUAAGGUUGAGAAAGCGAGAAGUGACAAUGGCAGUGGGAGUUCUAGCUCUUGUGGGGCGGUGUUUGCUCGCUGGCUUGUGGCGGAGAAGAUAGAGUUGGUAGUUGGAGAAGAAGACCAUCAUCAUCAUCAUAGGCAUCAAGAAGAUGAUGAAGAAGAAGAAGAAGAAGAAGAUAUGCCUAGGAGGAGUCAAAGAAGGCAUGUGUUUGAAGAUAUUGUGAUAGAAGACGAGAAGCUUGAGGAUAAAAAUGAGAUCUUGGAGGAUGAAGCAAGAGUGAGAAUUUGUGUACCUCCAAAGAAUGCUUUGUUGUUGAUGAGGUGUAGAUCUGAUCCUGUAAAGAUGGCUGCUCUUGCUAAUCGGUUAUGGGAAUGUCCGCCUCAAGAUGAAGCUGAGGAUGAAGAAAAUGGAGUGAAAGAGUGCCACCAUAGCGAUGAUAAAGAUUGUAGAGUGAAGGUGGAGGGAGAAGUAAUGGAGGAAAGAAAAGAAGUAUUGGCUUGUGAAAGUUUGGUUUCUGUCAAAGUUAUUGAAGAGGAUCAAAUGAUUCAGAAUCAAAUCCCGGAAGCAGAAGCAGUGAAAGAAGAUGACUUGGUUUUGGAUAGAGAAGAGGAACAACAAAGCGAAGAAAUUUGUCCAGUAGAAGGAGACUUACAGAGGCAAGAGCUAGAAAUUGAAGAGAUACAGGUAAUCGACCAGCCAGAAAUAUUAGAAGAAGAUGAGGAAAUAACUCCCGAAGAUCAGGAGAAGGAAGAAAAUGCAAAUGCAGCUGAGCUACUUCAAGCAAAUGAAUAUGUUCUUGAAGAAUAUGAAGCUGAACCAGCUUUAGAAGACGAAACAAAAGAUGAAAUUUUUGAUGUCGUUGAAGAGUCUAGACCUCGCCUUUCUUGUUCCUCUGUGGCUUCAAUACAACCACCGCGCCUUUCUUGUUCCUCUGUGGCUUCAGUACAACCACCGCGCCUUUCUUGUUCCUCUGCGGCUUCAAUACAACCAUCGCGCCGUUCUUGUUCCUCUGUGGCUUCAAUACAACCAUCGCGCCGUUCUUGUUCCUCUGUGACUUCAAUGCAACCGCAUCGCCUUUCUUGUUCCUCAGUGGCGUCAUUACAAGAAGCUGAAGAAUUAGAAGUGAAAGAGCCGUUGGAGAAGAUCUUGCUGGAAGAGAAGGAAGAAACAGUGAAGGCGACAGAGGAAAGCACCGAACCCGAAGACCCGAAAACGACACAAGAACGGGAAACGGGUCAAGAGUCAAAGGAGAAAGAAAGUAAAAAACCGCAAGAGAAUUUAUUGCCAGACUGUUUGUUGUUAAUGAUGUGUGAACCGAAGCUAUCCAUGGAGGUAUCCAAAGAGACAUGGGUCUGCAGUACGGACUUCAUCAGAUGGGACAGAAAACCGCCGACUCAACCGAUCAACAAAACCAACGGCUGUGAUGAGCCCAAGAGAAGAAUCAGCAUCGACUCCAAACCUCCGCAGCUGCACCACAACAACCAGCCGUUAAUGCAGCCGCCGAGGUCAUCCUGCUCUUUCCCGGCGGCUCCUCCAUUGCCCCGGACACACGGCGCCUCGUCGAUCAAUUCCCAGAUAGAGCAGAAGAUGGUGGGAUCCAAGCAACCGUACGAGCCGUUCGUACUUACACGCUGUAAGUCUGAGCCGAUGAGGUCGUCGGCUAAGCUUGCCCCUGAGGCUUGUUUUUGGAAGAAUAGAAAGCUCGAGCCUCAUCGCCCUGGCGCAGUGGGGGUCGGCGCGGCUGGAGUCGGGUUUUAAGCCGGGUUUAUCAAAACAAAAAGGAUAAAAAAACUACGGGUAAGUUGGUAUUGUAAUGGGUAAUUUUUAGGGUUUUUUCGUUUGUAGUCUUGCGUGUUUGUAAAUCUUUUUAUCUAGUGAUUUUUAACCAA